CCCGAGUUCAGAAUAUGAAUCCCAACCGGACCUUUAAGUUUCCACGGAAUCUGCAAACUCCGCCCAAAGCUUCAUCCGAGGUCGGUUGCAUCAUGCAUGUCGAUCCACAGCCUUGCCUCUAUAAAUAAGGCAAUCCCAUAUGAGAACAUGGAUCUUUCCAUGAUAAAUUGACUGUAUACUGUCAUCAUGAAUCAAACUACGCCCAGCCCCCAAAUUUACGGCCCCGGAACCUUCGUCGACAAGUCCUUCCUGCCAGUCCCCGAAGAUGCCCGCCGCGUCUUUGAGUUCAUCGCCGGUUCGACCCCCGCAUUUAACAAAGAUAAACGUGUUUGGGAUACGGUCAGCUUCGAGGGUCGUCCGGACCCUAUGAUCCCUGGCCCGAUCAAAGCCCCCGUCGUCGCGGCUGCUCUGCAUGCUAUGUGUGGAAUUGUCGCAAAUGAACUACUCGAAGAUAGAGAUGGCCAGCCAGCUCACGAGCAAAAAGUGACAGUAAACACGGACCAUGCUGGUAUUUGGCUGGGUUCUGUCUUUGCUCCCCACGUGAAUGGCUCCGACGUCUCCGAACUGGCGAAAUCCGGGAAGCUCCACUCCCUGUUCGAGAAGGACUUGGAUAGAGACGUGCUGGCAACUCCGAUGAAGCUCCGGACGACUUCAAUUUACCCGACCAAGACUCCCAAUGUUUGGUAUCAGCUGCACGGAUCGUUGAACGCGCCCCAACUUCUGGAGUCGAUGGGCAUCGAUCCCCAUUUUCCGUGCAAGACUCCCCAAGAAGCGUACGAGUAUAUCAGCAAGCAUGUUCAGACCUGGAGUGCAGAUGAGCUGGAGAUGCAUAAUGUCAAACACGGAUUUUGUGGCAGUAUUUGCUACACGCCCGAAGGGUGGUUGAAUACUGCCAUGGGCAAGCAUCUGGCUCAACAUCCCCUUGUCAACUACUCACGAGAGUCCUACGCCAUCCCGACUCCGCCUAUUCCGUUGCACAAGACUCCAUCCGAUCAUCGGCCGUUGGCAGGUAUCAAGGUGGUGGAAAUGGUCCGUAUCAUUGCAGGACCUGUCAUUGGAAAUAUCUUGGCCGGAUUUGGUGCGGACGUAAUUCGCGUCAACUGCAGUCGUCUUAUAGAUCUGAGUGUCCUUACAUUAUCCUUGAAUGCAGGAAAGCGAACCAUCGACCUGGACAUUACCAAGGAAGAGGACAUGGCCCGUCUGAACGAGUUCUUAGAGGACGCAGAUGUGUUCAUCCAAGGAUUCCGCCCUGAAACUCUAGCAAGAAAGGGGUUGGCACUCAAAAGCCUCCUAGAAAAGGCCGCAAACCGUCAGAAGGGUAUCGUAUAUGUCGAAGAAAACGCCUACGGCCCCGACGGCCCCUUCAGCGAACGUCCCGGAUGGCAACAAAUCGGAGACGCUGCUUCGGGUAGUUCAUAUGUGACUGGAAGAUCUCUCAACCUGCCUGACGGGCAGUCUGUUUUGCCUCCGCUCCCUAUCUCCGACAUGACCACAGGACUGGUCGGUGCUCUAGCAACGAUGAUGGCUUUAAGGGACCGUUCCAGGCAUGGAGGAUCGUACCAUGUCAUCAGCUCGCUGGUCGCAGCCGAUACGAUCGCCUUGCACCCCGAAGUUGGCCUGUACUCCCCCGAAGUCGUACAGAAGAACGCCGAGACCUUCCAGUGGGGGCCCAUGAACUCAAUGCAGUAUGUGACUGAGAUUCUCAUGGUCGUUGUGGAAGGCUGGAAAAAGGUGUUUCCCGAGUAUCUGGUGCCCGAGUCCCCGUUCAUGACAACAUUUGAGCAAACGGAGCCUUUUGGUCGUGUUGACCUGCUGAAACCAGUCGUUCGACUUGGAGAUGAGAAAGCAAGUCCUCAAUGGCUGACAGGCCCGGUGCCCAGCUGCUACCACGAUCGAAACAUCCAGUGGUUAUGCGAUGGUCGUCGUCCUGUUUGCUCUUCGUGCAGUGCCUUUGGCGAUGAUUGCAGCUUCAAUGACGUCGUCAAAAGUAAACGACGUCGAGCAAACCAUGGAUAUAUUCGAGAGUUAGAGGGACGGUUGAAGGACUUGGAAGGUCAGCUGGAGUCGGAAAGGCCCAACAGGGACUCAUCAGCAGAUCCACAGGACGCAGAACGAAGCCCUCGUUCUCCAUAUGGUCGAGAUGAUGGGCAGAGGUAUCCCAAUACCGAGCCUAUCCCAGAGAUUGAUAAUAAGAACACACGGGAGGGCUCUGAUCCCUCUUAUCUCGUCACCAAUCCUCAUGGGGAUAUGCGGUUCUUUGGUCCGUCGUCUGGCUUUUCUAUCAUCUCAGAUCCAGGUGUUCGAUGGGUAGAACAUCAGACCAGAAACAGAAAUUAUAGACACACUGCCCAGAAAAUUAUGCGCCAUUCUCAACUGACCAAUUGGGUCCCUCGGCCUCUGCAAGAUGAUUUCAGCCGACGGCAGACUCAUUCUAUCCCACCCAAAGCAGAAGCACUGGCAUUGGUAGAGGACUUUUUCAAACAUACCAACGCUGCAUUUCCUCUGUUUAACAGAGAGAGCUUCUUCAAACGGAUCGAAAAACACUACUCGUGGAACCCAGACGAUAAUCCCGCUUGGUGGGCCUCAUUCAACGUCGUACUGGCUUUUUCUGAGAGACGGAAAGUCGACAUCAAUCCGGAACAUAGUGAUGGACGACAGGCUGCACUGGGAUACGUCAAGAAUGCACUUAAUGUAGUUGUCGAACUCUUUCUCAGAAAGACAGAGUUGCUUGCUGUCCAAGCCAUCGUGGCCCUGGCUCUCUAUUUCCAGGAUACACCGAAUCCACAGCCCCUGUUUAUGUUUUCUGCAGCUGCGAUUCGCAUGGCUCAAUCGAUAGGUUUACAUAAAUCCGGAAGUUUCGGUCUGGCUGGCUCUCAAAUUGAAGAGAGACGCAACACCUUCUGGAUAGCAUUUAUUCUUGAUGCCGACAUUUGCCAGAGAACCGGUCGUCCACCCGUCCAGCAUGCCGACGAUUAUGAUAUCGAACUACCCCGCGAAUUUCCAGAAAAUAGUAAAGGUGUUCUCCAUCUGAAGAACAGCAGCGUCCAGUUCAACUUCUUCAACUCCCUUUCCCGAUUCGCCCUCUUACAGCGGAAAGUAUACGAUCGUAUCUAUACAAGCCGGGGUCUUAGAAAACCCUCCGCAGAACUUCUCCACGACAUUACAACAUGCGAAGAAGAACUACAAGCAUGGAAGAUGAGCAUUCCAUCAGAUUACAGGCCUCGACGAAACUUCCUCGCUCCGUCAGAACCAAUGCUUUUGCAUGUUCUGCGCCUUCAUUUUGCAUUUCACAGCUGCCAGGCGAAGUUGCAUCGUAUGUUUACUGUCUCAGGACGAUCAAUGAACCAGCAAUCCGAAUCUUCUGAUAAUACUGUCACGGGGAAUAUUUCCAUCGCAGAGCGCUGCGAGAAGUCAACCACUACUGCGCUUGAAGCUGCCAGAGCAUCUGUAGAGCUCUUGGAACAGGCCAAAUCUUUUGGAUCGACUUUUGCCUGGAGCUUCUUAUACUUCCCCGCCGCCGCAGUCCCAACACUAUUCGCCCAUCUGCUCAUGGACCCAUUCCACGACCAAGCCCAACCCGACCUCGAAAUGAUCCACCAAGUCGUCGAGUUUCUCACACAGGUCUCAUCCGAAGAGGAAGACACGUAUGCAGACUACCUCUUAGAGCUUUGUCGGAAUUUCGAAGUCGCAGCUACCCAAAUGCGGCAGCAGCCGGUGAAUGCGUCGGUUGGGAAUAUUACAAGCGGUAGCAAUAUUCCGGGGGUGGCCUCUAAUACUACUCCGAUGCAAUGGAACUCUACAACCGACACUGCCACAGCUCAGUUUUCUGGUGUUAAUAAUAUUACCGGUGAAUAUUUAGAGGAUGCGGGUCAACCUGGACUUCCGUGGAAUUGGCAGGAUAUGGCAGGAAUACCUCCGUUGUUUGGGGCAGAUCCGCUUUUUGGGUUUUAUAUGCCGGAUCUUUAGUUUGAUUAUGGUGAAAAGUAUAUAAUGCAAACAGUUUGUACAUAUCAUUAUUCAUUAAGUCUAUAUAUUUUUUAUGUACCAACUGACUGUCGUCGGUAUAUAUGCAGACCACC